AUGUCAGGGCCAAAACAGCUUUAUCGACGCAUUCCUGGCGCCGGUCAGAAGGGCAACGCACACCCCACUGUUUUCGAGUUACGCCGCUUGCAACAGAUCGCAAAAAAGCAGCAGCCGUGGUACCCGUUUGCAGGACCAGAGGAAUGGGAGCUUUGCGAGUGGAUCAUCAAGAGGAAGUCUGGUGAGCAAACACCUUUAUUCAACCGAGAGAUCAGUUCUGAACUUAUCUUGAAGUUCCGGGAGGCAGACCACACGAAAUAUGCUUCAUUCCAUGACAACAAGACUUUCCUGCGCACGGUGGAUUCUCUUCCCGGACCUUCGGCAGACUGGAAACUUGUCGAGAUUACAGUCGAGGGCAACCAAGUCGAUGCAACCGGCAAGAAGAUGUCUGAAGUCCUUGACCUAUGGGCACGAGAUCCUGUUGCAGUUGUUGCGGAUCUAGCUGGUGACCCACACUUUGAGGGGAAGAGUUCAUUCGAGCCGACACAAGUCGUAUUCGAGCGAGAUGGUCCAGAUGCACCGGAGAUCCAGUUUUAUGAGGACAUACCUACAGGCGAGUGGAUGUGGCGACUUCAGUCACUGCUUCCCAAGGGUGCUACAAUCGCGCCCGUUAUCCUUUCAUCUGACAAGACGCAUCUGUCGACGUUCAGUGGUGACAAGCAGGCGUGGCCGGUGUAUCUCACCAUCGGCAAUAUCUCCAAGGAUGUUCGCCGGAAACCAUCCGAGCGAGCCGCAGUCUUGCUUGGCUACCUACCUGUGGCGAAACUAUCCUGCUUCUCCCCCACAGAACGGUCACUGCAGGGCCCGGGUACCCAUGGCCGCCAGAUGUGCUGCGCCGACGGCUACAUUCAUCAUGUGUAUCCUAUCAUGGCGGCGUACGUAGCGGACUAUCCCAAGCAGUGUUUGAUCUGCUGCUGCAAAGAGAACCGAUGUCCUACCUGCCUCGUCAAACCUACGGAUCGAGGCGAGCUACUCAACACACUCUAUCGUGAUCCACAGGAGACACUUGCUGCCCUGAGGAACCCCCAUGCCGAUGAAACAUUUGAGGAGCAGGGCCUUCGUGAGGUUCCCGAGCCCUUCUGGUCCGAUCUGCCAUAUACAAACGUUUUCGGCUGCAUCACUCCCGACCUCCUACAUCAGCUGCAUAAAGGUGUUUUCAAAGAUCAUUUUGUCAAAUGGUCGACGCACGGAAACGUCGCGCAGACGGACGCGCGUAUGGCGCGUGUCCCUCCAUACCACGGCCUCCGAGUGUUCAAGAAGGGCAUAUCCACCGUCCAGAAAUGGACAGGAAUUGAGUAUCGUCAAAUGGAGAAGGUCUUCGUGGCCGUCAUAGCUAGCAUGCGUUACUUGGAACCACGGAUUCGAGCCGCCGCGCGAGAUCUCCUGGACUUCAUAUAUCUCGCUCACUACCCGGCCCAUACUACGUCGACGUUGGAGGAGAUGCGUUCAGCACUGGUCGCGUUCCACGCCCACAAGCAGGUGUUCGUCGACCUUGGAAUCCGUCAGCACUUCAACAUUGCGAAGAUUCACUGGUUGGAUCACUACAUACCAAGUAUCGUCGCUGUUGGGUCGUGCGAUGGGUUCAGCACCGACAUUUUCGAGCGCCUUCAUAUUGAUUACGCAAAACAGGGCUACAGGGUGAGUAAUCGGCGAGAGUACCUGCGGCAGAUGGUGACAUGGCUUACCCGGCGUGAGAAGGUCAAGACGCACCAGUCAUUCCUACGAUGGCUUGAAGGCAAGAACCCUGCAAAUCCGACACCGGCAGCACCGCACUUCAGCCCUCCCGAUGACGAGGAGGACUCGUAUUCUGACGAGUUCUCCUCAGACAGUGAAGAUGCCAGUGGUCUUGAUGAAAGUCCCAAUGGCGGGGGUCGGUCCGAGUCGCUGCAUGACCAGAUGGACGUUGAUCCGGGGCCCUCAAUGCGGGCUACUGAAGUUCGAGUCGUGGUGAAGCUGGAGGAAGAUGAAACUAUGCUAUCCGAGCCAGCGGUGUUGAGCAGCGAGGACAACGAAUGGCGGGUACAGCCAGAAGAGCGUGCAAUCAGUGGCAAUUUGGAAUACCACAUAAGCCGCACGCCGGGAUUAGGCUACAUGUCCGGCGCCAACAUCACUGAGAUGUUCGCCGCGACUCGGUUCGAGGACGCCCUCUCACGUUUCCUUCUCAGUGAAUGUCCUUCUGCCUCACGAAACAUGCUUGCACUGCUCGAGUCCGAAUAUGCUGUCUUCCCGCAAUUCAAACGUACACUACCAUCGCUGCAUCAAGUCAACAAUGACCGCUUCCUGGACCGCGUGUAUGCUCGCCCGGCCAAGGGAACACAGUCUGCGUACUAUGACACAGUCUUGAGGCGUCUCGCGUGCGAGUUGCUCUGCACUCUCAUGCCCUCUCUCUCGCCUCAUUGUUCCAUCGAACAGCUGGCCUGUUCAGACCUUAACACUAUCAAGCUUCUCAUCAAACCGAGUGGGCCGGGCCCACUAAAUAUCACCAUCCACCUUCACUCUGACUGCCAUCAUAAUCCUCACAUACUCCCCUCAGCUGAUCUUGCCGUCAACCGCACUCCUGAGAGGGAAAGCCCACAACCAAUUGCAGGCAAUGACUCUGCAACUGUUAAGCCUGAAGACGACCCAUUUAUCGCGCUGCCGCCAACCCCUCUUAGACCUCCUCCGGUCGUCGAUGACUCACUAAUCGAGGAUGAAGCGUCACGCGAGGCAUUAGGAGGUGCGGUCAACUGGGAGGGAGAUCGUAGUGGACAGCGAGCCAAGUGGGUGCACAAGUCUCCCACUCCGACUCGGAGUAGGCUUCUGCGAGACAGAUUGGACCAGUGGGCAACUCCAGGCCGGCAGAGAGAACCCUCGCCAUUCCCUGGGAUCUUCGACUUCGGCUCACCCGAGCACGAUUCCUCACCACCAGCAAGUCCUUGUCUGCUACUUGGUACAAGCUCUCGCGACGCACUCCACAUGCCGAAGUACUCCACAGCCCACUCUUCAAAACACGACUCACAAGCCGGCCCCUCUGUCGUCGCUGGCUCGCGCUACAAACGUGAGCCACGGGCGGCACACCAGUGGCGGUCACUAGGACUCUUUGAGUUUGGAAGCUCUCCGAAACACGACGCGACUCCGGAACACGACGCAUCCCCGAAACACAACCCGCCGCCGAAUCGUGAUCCUUCUCCGAAACACGAACCUUUGUCAGCCAGUCCCAUCCUCCGACAGGACAACCAUCGCACCACUGCCGUACAUCGCACGCCGAAGAGUAGACGCCAGCAGCGAGCUCAGAAGAUUUACCAACGACAUCUGCUGACGUCGGGGCCUGGCGGUGCUCUGAAGUCCGAGUGA